AUGCAGUCAAAUCUCAGGGCUCAGGCUGAACAGCAGGCCCAGAGGAAAAAGCAGCUUGCCAAUUCGUACAAACAGCUCCUCGAUGAAUUUGCGACAUCGGACCUGAAGAACGUGGGCAACUACACGCUGGGGAAGCUCAUCGGCAAGGGCAGCUUCGGGAAGGUCUACUUGGCCUCGCAUAAGCUUAGCAAUGGCUCCAGGGUUGUGCUCAAGUCGGCCAAGAAGGACGACGCCAAUCUCGCCCGCGAGAUCCACCACCACCGCCAGUUCACACACCCGCACAUCGCCCGCCUGUACGAGGUCAUAGUCACAGAGGAGCUCGUCUGGCUCGUGCUCGAGUACUGUCAAGGUGAUGAGCUGUACAACUACCUCCUCCAGAAAGGCGCGCUCGAGCCCUCCAAAGUCCAGCGCAUCUUCACCCAACUCGUCGGCGCCGUUUCCUACGUCCACAACAAGUCCUGCGUCCACCGCGAUCUGAAACUCGAGAACAUACUGCUGGAUAAACACGGGGAUGUGAAGCUGGUCGACUUUGGAUUCACGAGGGAGUACGAGGGCAAGUCCAACUACCUGCAGACAUGGUGCGGGACGGUGUGCUACAGUGCGCCGGAGAUGCUGAAGGGCGAAAAGUACGCGGGCGAGAAGGUGGAUGUGUGGAGUCUGGGCAUCAUCCUGUACGCGCUUUUGGUUGGCGAGCUGCCCUUUGACGAGGACGACGAGACGGUCACAAAGAUGAAGAUCCUUAAGGAGGAACCGAGAUACCCAGAGAACUUUCCCCCGCAGGCGAGAGAGCUGUGUUCGGCGCUGCUCUCGAAACGACCGAUCCUCCGACCCACCUUGGCCGAGAUACUGCAGAACCCCUGGCUAUCCGAACAUGCGCCACGUCAACAGGAGAUCCUGAAGCUGCAGCAGCCCCCGCCGUUUUCGACAGAGUUGGAGAAAGAAGUGCUGCACCGCAUGCGGGCUGCUGGGGUGGAUAUCGAUAUGGUGAUUGAAAAUGUGCUGGCUCAACGAUGCGAUUCUCUGGCUGGAUGGUGGGCGUUGUUGUUGGAAAAGGAGGAACGCAAGGCUAAGAGGAGGGAACGCAAACGAAAGGAAAGGGAGGCCGAGGCGAAAAGCUUGAGACGGUUGAGCGCUGCAAGUAGUCGUCUGGAUAAGCUAGCGCCUACGAUCAGAGAGAUGGACGAGGAGGGCGUGCACAUUAGGGACACACCAAAGAGUCGUGGUAGGACUAUGAAUCGGCGGAGUUCGCAUGGCAUCCCAGAUCUUCCCCAACUCCCAGAGUCUAGCUCGACCCCAAACCUACGAUCCAGCACCGAAAAGCCUCUCCCACCGAUCGAGAAACCCUACCUCCGAGACUCGGAUUCAUUAUCACGCCCACCGCUGCCAGCAAAGGACAUGGAUAGACGGAGAUCACGCAGCAGCAUGCUACAGGUGGUGUCAACCAACCCUGACCUCCUAUCUCCCAACGGUUUUAUACCCAAACGCCGCCGAAAACAGCCCUUCAUUAACCAUCUUCUAUCACUCAGGAACUGGAUAAAAGAGACCUCAAAACGAGGCCGCUCGCCGCAUUCAAAAGCCAGCAGUGAGAAAUCCCCCAAACAACCAGAGGGCAGCAUCUCCGACUCGAAACGCCGCUCAAGCAACAUAACCCGCCACUCCGUCUCUACGCAACCCAACCCCCCCACAUCCUCAUCAACACACCCACCCCCGCGCCCCAGAGUCUCCACAAACGGCUCAGGAACAAGCUCCAUGCGCCGCCUCUCCGCCUCCCCCGCACCCCUCACCCCGCGCUCCUCCUACCGCCGCUCCUCCGGCGGCCUGCGCGGCCGCAAAUCCACAUCUUCAUCCGUAUCCUCGAUCCGCUCCAUGCCGCGCCACCAGCACUCGCACUCGAAAGCAUCAUCCACAUCUUCAAACUCCAUCACUUCGCCCACCGUCUCCGUCUCGGGACACUCGGCUCGCAAAUCCCCGCAUAAUAGCUCCAGUGUUAAGAUCCUACCGUCUACACCUACGCUCUCGGCUUUUCCCUCAAAUAUCCGCGUCGUGCGCGCUAAUGAGGGCGCGGCGGCGUUUGGAACUGUUCAGCCACCCUCGCCGGGGUUGGUCUUCGCGAAGAGGAAGAGGAGCCCGUUUAAGGGGCCUAUGCUGAAUGUUAAUACGCAAGCUGGUGGUGGUGGUGGUGCUGGGGGGGGACAGCCGGCGUGGAAGAGAGAGGGUGGGAGUCGCAGUGUUAGUGUACAGGGGAGGCGUAGUGGGGAGAUUAUGGGGAUUACGGAGGAGGAGGAGGAGGAAGGGGAGGAGGAUAUAGAGGAGGUGGAGGAGUUUAGUCCGGAGUUGAGACCGGGGGAGUUUGUGGAGAGCUUGGAGGAGGAGGGAGGGGGGUUGGGGGGGAGGGUGAGGUAG